AUGAGACUCUCUUCAGCUGGUUUUAGUCCUCCACCACCCCAAGAAGGGGAAAAGAGAGUUCUAGAUUCAGAACUUUGGCAUGCAUGUGCUGGCCCUCUUGUCUCUUUGCCAGCAAUUGGAAGCAGAGUUGUGUACUUUCCACAAGGUCACAGUGAACAAGUGGCUGUGUCAACCAACAAGGAAGUGGAUGCUCAUAUUCCAAAUUAUCCAAGCUUACCUCCUCAGCUUGUUUGCCAACUUCAUAAUUUGACUAUGCAUGCUGACGUGGAGACCGAUGAAGUGUAUGCACAGAUGACCCUGCAACCGCUGAAUGCUCAAGAGCAAAAAGAGGCUUACCUUCCUGCUGAGUUGGGCACUCCGAGUAAACAGCCAACAAACUACUUCUGCAAGACCUUGACUGCUAGUGACACAAGCACUCACGGUGGAUUCUCCGUGCCUCGCCGCGCGGCUGAGAAAGUGUUUCCUCCGUUGGACUUUUCCCAACAGCCCCCUGCACAAGAGUUAAUAGCAAGGGAUUUGCAUGGCAAUGAAUGGAAAUUCCGACAUAUAUUCCGGGGGCAGCCGAAAAGGCAUCUACUUACAACCGGGUGGAGUGUUUUUGUGAGUGCUAAAAGACUUGUUGCUGGUGAUUCUGUGCUGUUUAUCUGGAACGAACAGAACCAAUUGCUUCUUGGCAUACGUCGUGCUAGCCGACCACAAACUGUGAUGCCUUCAUCGGUGUUGUCAAGUGAUAGUAUGCACUUGGGACUUCUCGCUGCAGCAGCUCAUGCAGCUGCAACCAAUAGUCGUUUCACUAUUUUCUAUAACCCACGUGCUUGCCCGUCAGAAUUUGUCAUACCCUUAGCAAAGUAUGUUAAAGCUGUGUAUCAUACUCGAGUUUCAGUUGGUAUGCGUUUCAGGAUGCUGUUUGAAACAGAAGAGUCUAGUGUGCGACGAUACAUGGGUACAAUAACUGGCAUCAGUGACUUGGAUUCUGCCCGGUGGCCAAACUCACAUUGGCGCUCAGUAAAGGUUGGAUGGGAUGAAUCCACUGCCGGAGAAAGGCAACCAAGAGUGUCUUUGUGGGAAAUUGAGCCAUUAACAACAUUUCCUAUGUAUCCAUCUCCAUUUCCCCUUAGACUUAAACGACCGUGGCCUUCUGGUUUGCCUUCAUUCCAUGGCAUGAAAGAUGACGAUUUUGGCAUGAAUUCUCCUUUGCUGUGGCUUCGAGACAGUGAUAGAGGACUUCAGUCACUUAAUUUUCAAGGGAUUGGGGUUAACCCUUGGAUGCAGCCGAGAUUUGAUACUUCCAUGCUGAAUAUGCAACCGGAUGUGUAUCAAGCUGUGGCUGCUGCUGCACUUCAAGACAUGAGGAGUAUCGAUCCCUCCAAACAGCAUCCUGGUUCCUUACUUCAAUUUCAGCAACCAUCAAACUUCCCGAACAGGACUGCUGCUUUAAUGCAGGCGCAUAUGUUGCAACAAGCACAAUCUCAACAGGCUUUUCAAAAUAAUCAGGACAAUCAGAAUCUGUCGCAAUCUCAGCAACAAACUCAGACUCAUACUCAACACCAUCCGCAGCACCAACACUCAUUCAAUAAUCACCUCCAUCAUCAUACCCAGCAGCAGCAACAACAGCAACAAACUCAACAGCAAGUGAUGGAUAAUCAGCAGAUAUCUGGUUCGAUCUCUACAAUGUCACAGUUUAUUUCAGCGCCUCAACCGCAGUCACCACCACCUAUGCAAGCUCUCCCUUCACUAUGUCAUCAGCAGAGUUUUUCUGAUUCAAAUGUAAACUCUUCAACUACUGUUGUUUCUCCUUUGCACAGUAUCAUGGGUUCAUUUCCGCAGGAUGAAACAUCCCAUCUUCUAAGUCUUCCUAGAACAAACUCUUGGGUUCCUGUUCAAAAUUCAACCGGUUGGCCCUCAAAGCGUGUUGCGGUGGAUCCACUCCUUUCUUCGGGAGCUUCUCAAUGUAUUCUCCCCCAUGUGGAACAGGUAGGGCAGACACAGAAUACCAUAUCUCAAAAUGCUAUUACGUUGCCGCCAUUUCCUGGUAGGGAGUGCUCAAUAGACCAAGAAGGGAACAAUGAUCUGCAAAGCACCAAUUCUUCAUUGAAUCAUGGAGUAACGCCUAGUAUUGGCGAAUCUGGUUUCUUGCAAAACCUUGAAAAUGGGGAGCAAGGAAACAACCCUCUGAACAAGACCUUUGUGAAGGUUUAUAAAGCAGGGUCCUUCGGAAGAUCUUUGGAUAUCACUAAGUUCAGCAGCUACCAUGAGCUGCGCAGUGAGCUCGCUCGAAUGUUUGGACUAGAAGGCGAGUUGGAGGACCCUGUGAGAUCAGGCUGGCAGCUUGUAUUCGUUGACCGAGAGAAUGAUGUUCUUCUCCUCGGUGAUGGCCCUUGGCCGGAAUUUGUGAAUAGUGUAUGGUGCAUCAAGAUACUUUCGCCCGAGGAAGUGCAGCAAAUGGGCAACACUGGCCUCGGGCUUUUAAACUCGGUUCCCAUUCAAAGGCUUUCAAAUAGCAUCUGCGAUGACUAUGUGAGCUGUCAAGAUCCAAGAAAUCUAAGCAGUGGAAUAACAACCGUCGGAUCUCUAGACUACUAA